UUCGGAAUGCCCUCUUCUCUCUCUCAUAAUUGACGACUGAAUCCUCUAUCCAUUUUUGAAUUUGAGUUAAAACUCCAAAAAUAAAAAAACCCACAAGGAAAGAAUUUGAGCCUGCGAGGUAAACAAUUUUGAGUAGAGCGUGGUUGGUGAGAGAGUCGUGCUUCUGAGUUGCACAUUAGAUGUUUGAGGAAAGUUCGCUUUGGAAGCACAGAGUUAUUCAUUUAUAUCGUCGAUGAUUCAGCAUUCAGUUCAAAUUGGGAAACUCUGUUUGUGCUCCUCCUUUUCCCCCAAGAGCAACAAGGUGUUCUCAAAAUAGUAACCAAGCUGAACCUGGGAGAUUAAAGGAUACCUUGUUUUUUGUGCUAGCAUGUGAGAAAGCUCAGUAAAUGAUCCAAAAGGAAAGGGCUUUUAGCUAGGCUGAUUUGUACGGUUGUCUCUAUUUGAUCAUUUUUAUGGUAGCUGUUUAAUGGGUUAGUUUCAACAGGUUGGUCUUAUAAAAAUACAAUUUUUACUCGUCUAGUUGUACCUUUCACUUCUUGUGUGCGCAAAUUCGUGAAAUUGGUUUGAAGCAAAGCACAGUUCUAAUGCGCAAGUUGAUCAUGGGUGAUUCGGAGAAGGGUUUAUUAGUAUUCUUAGUUGUUAGCUGUAUCUGCAAUUUUAUUUUGUUAAAAAAUGGAGGCCUUUUGUUCAUGUUUACCAAGACGUUCAAGCUUCAUGGUAUAUUGUUGACAUUUCUUCUAAGUAUAUAUCCUUUUUUCCUUUUGUUAUUAACUUUUAUGGUUGUACAUCUGCGUGUAUUUUUAAGUGUAAUUGCGAGAAUGGAGAAUGAGAAGCGAGAUGAGCUUGUGAGUUUCUUGAAAGUUCUUCCGCCUGUAGAGUUCUGUUGUGUCUAUGGUUCAUCUCUUCAUCAGAACAACUAUGAUAAGUCAGCUAUGGUAGAUUUCAUUCUUGGUGUAUCAGAUCCCCUGCAAUGGCAUUCUGAAAAUAUUAAAAUGAAUUCAGAUCAUUACGCUUCAUGGAUGGUGCUCCUUGGUGGGGCAAAGCUGGUAACUGAAGUUGCAGAUGAAAUAGGAGUAGGCGUGCACUUCAAUCCAUUUGUUACUUGGAAUGACAAGAUGUUCAAAUAUGGGGUUGUCCGGAUGCACGACUUGGUUCAGGAUGUACUGAACUGGAAGCGGUUCUACUUGAGUGGUCGUUUACAAAAGCCGGUGCAUAUACUUGUGGAUAAUUUGGACAUAGAGAAUGUAAAUUCUGUUAAUUUGCGAGGUGCAGUAUCUGCUGCUCUCCUCCUUUUGCCUUCAAAAUUUUCUGAGGCAGAUCUCUAUGCCAAAAUAUGUAGCCUUUCAUACAUGGGUGACUUGCGGAUGCUUUUUGCAGAGGAUAGAAAUAAGGUAAAGAAGAUUGUGCAGGGACAGUUUGAUUUAUUCCACUUGAUGUACAAACCAUUUCUUGACGAUUGCAAGGCUAAACAUCUUUUGAGGUUUUCGUCAGAUGGAAAUAGCAAAGAAAAUAUACAUCAGGACUGCAGUUUAUCAGUGACUCGCUCUCUGGUUUCUUCUCUUCCUUCAACAGUUAGAAGAAGAAUGGGAAUGAAGCUAGGAGAAAAGAAAAUACUGACUGAAUCUGGUCGAGUUUUGCAGGAAGUUAUGAUUCCCUCAAGAGAAGAAGUUGCAAAAUGCAUGCAGCACAUUAUGAAGCGAACUGUUAUGGUUUCAAGUGCGAGGCAGGCAGUAUCUGGUUUUGUGGCUGCAGGUUGUGUUAAUGCCGCUAGGUAUCUGGGCAACAAAAUGCGCAAGGCGUGGAAAUCCCGGUAAUGAUACUGUAUAUUGCAUUCCUUCCCUGCUCCGGUGAUUUUCAAGUGGUUAAGAUGGGGAAGUUGGAGGCGCAGUUUGUUAUUUACUCAUAGUUAUUGAGAUUUUACGAGAGGGAGUGAAAUUUUGAUGAGAAGUUUUGUACUGACACAGUUCAAGAUAUUGUACUAACUAAAAUACUGAGCAUAGAACAUUUUGUCAGACCCCUUAGGCUGAAUAAGCUACCCAAGAUUCAAGAAUUCUUUAGCAAAAAGGUACUGGAAAACCAAAAAGAAAAAAAAAAAGAAUGAAUAAAUGAACGCAUAAAAUCAAACGUUCGUCGA